AACUUCAAGGGAUAGAAACGUAAUUUGGCGGUCUAAUAAAAUCGAUAUUUCGCACCCGCCCACACUUCACACAAACAACUUCUCUCUCUCCUCUUUCUCUCUCUCUCUUGGAGUCGUUCGUUCGGCGAGUUUGCAGGCGCAUCAAUGUUGUUCUUCUCCUACUUCAAGGACUUGGUGGGCAGGGAAGUGACGGUGGAGCUGAAGAAUGACCUGGCCAUCAGGGGCACCCUCCACUCCGUGGAUCAGUACCUCAACAUCAAGCUCGAGAACACUAGGGUUGUCGAUCAGGACAAGUACCCUCACAUGAAAUCAGGACGUCCGGGAUUGUGUUGGGGAAACUGUGGUUAUGAGAGGGGAUAUGUGCGGCGUUCGCUGGAUUGGUUUACUUCUGUGUGUGCUGUCGGUCAGGAACUGCUUUAUCAGAGGAUCAGUGGUGAGGUAUGUUCAGCUACCUCCUGAUGGAGUUGAUAUUGAAUUGCUUCACGAUGCCACAAGAAGAGAAGCUAGGGGUGGUUGAAGUUUCCAAUGAGAUGCAUGAACUGUAUUUGUAUUGUCGAGGGACCAAUUUAUGUUGGCUGAUAUUGGAACCUUGACAUAGUGGGUUCAUUAGCAUUUGUGCUAUGAUAUCCUGAAAUUUAGCUCUCUUAGUCACUUGGGAAACUGUUUUUUGCCUGAGGUGAUUGCUAACUUGAAAAUUUGAUCUAGUCUUAUGUCCUAUGUUCUGAAAAAAAGGAAAAGGAACUUGUCGAUGUCCUAAAUGCGUUGAGUGUGCUGCCAAGGGCAUAACAAUGGUUGCUGAAUGCUCAUUUGAUUUCA